CCCCGACCACCCCCCUCUGUGGCCUGUCCUGCUGUCCCGCACGGCUGCCCAGGGCGGGUGCCCGAGCUGCUGUGCCUUCGCCCCUCCCAGGGAUGGCAUCUGCUGGCAGGUUCGGCAGCUCUACAGAGACACGAAGGUCCCGGGCCGCUUCCUGCUCCGAGCUCGAGGCGCGAAGGGAGAUGUGCACGUGGUUGUCGGGGAGACGGACUACCAGAGCUUCGCCAUCCUGUACCUGGAGCGGGCGCGGCGGCUGUCGGUGAAGCUGUACGCCCGCUCGCUCCCCGUGGACGACUCGGUCGUGAGUAAGUUUGAGCAGAGUGUCCAGGGGGCCAACAUGACGGAGGACCACAUCUUGUACUUCCCCAAAUACGGUUUCUGUGAGGCCGCUGACCAGUUCCAUGUCCUGGACGGUG